AUGAAAAGAAAGGCACUGAUGAGGCAGAUGGGAAAACAAACUCAGGCUUAUCUUCUCUUAGAUUCUCCCCCUGAAGAGAAAGUUUGGGGAGAAGUGUUUGCAUUUGUUGCUCCUAAAAUUAUUGGUGGAAAGACUGCACCUUCUCCAGUUGGUGAACUUGGGAUGAUUGAGAUGACGCAAGCUUUGGAAUUAAUUGAUGUUCACUAUGAGCAGGUUGGUCUAUAAUUUUGUAUUCUAGUUUUAAGUUUUAACUACCCUAGCAAUUCUAAUUCACCUUAAGGAUUUGAAAUCAUAUAGUUUAUUGUAUUUUGUAUUAUUCUCUUCUUGAAUCUAAAGUCUUGAUUGUUAGAGCAUUCAACCCAAAACUAAAUGGCAUUGGGUGGAGUCACCCCUCAAGUAUAUAAAUCAACCUUGGUGGACCUAAUUAUUCGAUAUGGGAU